AUGGAUACCAGUUCCUCCAUGGUGGAGGAAUGCUAUGGUGAACUGAAAAUGAAGAAGAUGGACGCUGUGAAGGAGCUGUUUGACAGUUUUGCAACAAGGACCAUGGCCUAUGAUUUCCAUCACAUGAUUGGCCUUGCGAGCUUCAGCUCAAAAAGUGUUUUAAGUAGCAUCUUUGCACAUCACGGCUACGAUGACCUCCCAGAGACUACUCUGCCAAGCUAUUUCAACGACAAAGUGACCGUCACAGAGAAUGCAUUAAAAAAGAAGAUCCAGGAAUCUAAGAAAUCGAAAUUGAUGGAGAAGGACAAACGUAUACUAGAGGAGUUGAGACGCUUGCACUGUGAGCCUCAUCCCUACUUCACCAUCUUCCCCUCCGAGUCCGACUUCACUUUUUGGAAGAUUCUGAUGCAGGGUCCUCCUGACACACCUUAUGAAAAGGGGGUCUUUGAGCUGUACUGUCAGUUUGACAAGGAUUACCCAGUGAAACCUCCUACAAUCCGCUUCUCCACGCAUGUGUACCACUGCAACAUCAACAAUUCUGGACGGAUAUGUCACCACAUAUUUUACCGCAGCUACAAUGCCCAUGUCACCAUGAGGGAGAUCCUGGAAGCCAUCUAUGGACUGCUCAUCGCCCCUGAAGCUGAAGACCCAUUAGACAGCAUUUUGGCUGAGGAAUUCCUAUCCAGCAAGGACAAGUAUGAACAAGAAGCCAAGGAACACACCGCGAAAACCGCAGCCAAGUCCUUCAAUGACAAGGAGCGGGAAUUGGUCGGUCGGGGUUCUGUUCCGAAGAACACACCCCAACAUCUGAAAUGUCCACUCAGCAAGAGGAUAUUUGUUGAGCCUGUUAGAACAAAGUAUGGGACAGUAUACGAGCGUAAGGCCAUCGAGGAACACCUUAAAACAAAACCAUUUGAUCCACAAAUGGGGAAAAAACGUCCACUCCAGACUAGUGACCUUCAACAAGAUCGAGAUAUGAAGAAAAUGGUGAGGGAGCACAAGGUUCGUCAAAUUCAACCAGCAGGGCCUUGAAACGUUAGGCUAAAUGUGCCUUGUUUAUCACUAGUUCAGAAGAAAUCGGUCAUGGAGAGUGUUUUUUUGUCUGUUGACAAGCAUUACCAAAACAGAGCAUCUCAUUGUAACAGUUUAAUCACAUUAUUGUUGCUUAUAAAAAAUAUGUUUUCUCUUUUUUUUGUUAUCUUUCAAAUAUACCUGCUGUAGUCUGAUGAGGAACAAGCUGUAGUUGUGCUAUUUAACGCAGACAUUAAUGUGGAACUACUACUGGUCAUCAGUAUGAAUGUUCAUUUGUAAGACAUGCCCUUGUUUAUUGUUAUUUCUCAUGCAAAAAUGCAGUGUCUCUUCAUUCCAUGUGAAAACAUUGCACAUGUGAGGCCUCUCUAGGCGAUUCCUGUGUACUCUUUAAAUAAUCUUGUUUUGUUAUAAAACAAAUGUUUUGGGAAUUCUAUAAUCUUUCAGUCAUGUUUGAUUCAUUUAUACUCAUUAACAGUUUAUCCUUGUUCUUUGUAAUAUUGUUAUGCUCAUCAACGCUGAGUAGGAUGCUCCAAUACCAGCAUGUUGUUAUUAUCACUUAACCAACCGAUAUUGUUGGUCAAAUAAAUAGUUAUGUGAUUUGAAA